AAUACAUACAAAUGCUUGUUCUCACAUUUAAUUUACGUGUUUUAUGUGUGCUACAUAAUAAUAAUAAGUAAAUUGGUAGCGAAUGUGAAUUCGAAUUGUUUGUGAUUUAAAUUUGAAUGGAAAAUAAUGCGAAAAACAAUUGAUCGUAUUGAUUUUGCGUAAAAACUGGUGAAAAUUGUCAUUGUGCAAAAAAAAAAAUAAGUGUGUGAAAAUCAGGAUUGUUGUUUUGUUGUUUGUAUGUUUCUCCAUUGGAAAUGUGAAACAAUCGAAAAUUGAUGGUAAACAAUUCAUAGAUGUCACCGUGUGUCGAACAGUAUUAGCGCGUCAGAUAGACGCAAUAACACAGUUUUCCAUGCAAAAUGGCUACUGAUUCAAAACUUUUAUUAACUACACAACCAGAAAAACCAAAUCAUUACAGUUAUUUGAAAGAAUUUAGAGUUGAACAGUGUACAAGUUUUUUGCAACACAAAUGUAAUCAACACAGGCCAUUCGUUUGCUUCAAUUGGCAUUUCAUGAAUCAGCGUCGUCGACGUCCUGUUCGAAAAAGAGAUGGUACAUUUAAUUACAGUGCUGAUAAUUAUUGUGUAAAAUAUGAUGAAACAACUGGCAUUUGCCCGGAUGGUGACGAUUGCCCAUUUUUACAUCGAACCGCCGGUGAUACUGAACGCAGAUAUCAUUUACGCUAUUAUAAAACGUGUAUGUGUGUUCAUGACACCGAUUCACGCGGUUAUUGUGUGAAAAAUGGACAUCAUUGUGCAUUCGCGCACGGUGCUCAUGAUCAAAGACCACCAGUAUACGAUAUUAAAGAAAUAGAAGCUGCUCAGAAUGCUGAAGCGAAUAGCGAAGCCACCAAUGGCCCCAAUGCACUCGACAAAGAGCGCAGUCUAAUGAAUGAAGAUCCAAAGUGGCAAGACACAAACUAUGUGCUGGCCAAUUAUAAAACGGAACCAUGCAAACGUCCGCCACGACUAUGCCGGCAAGGUUAUGCAUGCCCACAGUAUCACAAUAGUAAGGAUAAACGAAGGAGCCCGCGAAAAUUCAAAUAUCGAUCGACACCAUGCCCGAAUGUUAAACACAGCGAAGAAUGGGGAGAACCAGCGAAUUGUGAGGCUGGCGAUAAUUGUCAGUAUUGUCAUACACGUACCGAGCAACAAUUUCAUCCAGAAAUUUACAAAUCAACCAAAUGCAAUGAUGUACAACAGGCUGGAUAUUGUCCGCGUAGUGUUUUUUGUGCAUUUGCUCAUGUUGAACCAUACGCAAUUACCGAGGAAGCUCAACAUAGAGAACUAGAUGGUCCAUCGACAAGUAUACCUCUUAGCGAAAUGAUUUCUAGUGCGCUACCACAAGAUAAGAAGGACAAACUUGACCUAAACAAUGCGUUACAAAAUGGAAGCAGCGAGAGUUGCGAAUCAGCUAGUACUUCAAGCAUAGGCUCUAAUAAUUCACAUAAUAACACAAGCAAAGCGCCAGGCGCGCAACUACAACAUAAGAAUAGUAGUUUAUAUCAAAAUAGUCUAUCGAAUGGCGGGAAGGCAACAUCGAUAGUUUCUAAUUCAACGAUAUCUAGUUUCCCCGAUUUUACACCUGAUCUUCGAAAACAGCUUUUGGCCAUAGAAAAUGAUCCGUUGAUUUGCCCACAGGAGAAGGAGCAACGAAAAAGAAUGUGCUUGACAUUUAGUAUGCAAAAUAUUGGAUCAUUAGAUAAAUAUUCAAAUUUGGAUGAGUUAUCAAAUUUAAUACAGAGUUCUACGACACCGCUCAACAUACCUGGAUCUCAAUUGUCAAAUUCUCUUUCUGGUAUUUUGCAAGGAACAUCAGCUCCAGUAAAUAUUCCCGGUAGUUCACUGAAUAAUUUUAGUCCAAAUCAUUCGAAUAUGUUCAAUGUGUCAGAUCCAUUCAGUCUGCAUAGUGACCCAGCGCCAAAAAUCAACAAUUCCUUUGGUCACAAUGAUAGUAGUUUGUUUUUCCAACCACAUUUAAUAUCGCCCAGUCUGGGUGAAACAUUAUCAAUGAGUCCAGAUCUAAGCAGGCUCUCUGAAAUCAAUCCAAUUCGCGAUGAGCUUUCAACUGGUUCGAUAGGAAAUAGCUUAUUUGAAAAUAGUUUGCACAAUAAGCAAUAUUCGAUGUCACCAUCUCUAUUGAACAAUUCCAGUCUAAGUGAUAUUCGUUUGCGUGAUGAUUUUGCGAAUCAAUCGACAAAACAUCUCCCAACACCAUGGGAAGAUCAAAUUUUACAGGCGACUAAGGCAUGCGAGGCAUGGAAAUCGGAGGCCGAUGAAAGCAAUCGAAAGGCCACUGAAGCUAAACAACAAAGAGAUGAAGCAUUAACUCAUGUUCAAUUGCUCACGGAUAAGCUGGAACAAGUCAGCACUGGUCAAAAUGGAUCAAUAGCUAUUCCAAAAGAUCUGAGAGGAUUGUCGAUACAAAAGUUAAAAACAUUGCAGACAAAACUGCGAACGGAUUUAGAAGAGGUUGAAAAGGUAUUGUAUUUGGAAACCGCAACAAAAUGUAUGAAUUGUGAGGAGAACAACCGUUCGGUAACACUUCCCUGCAAUCAUUUUGUUUUGUGUGACAUUUGUGCAAAGACAGUGCGCGAAUGUCCGUAUUGCCAAACAUUAAUCACUUCCUAAUUAAAUUUAACACACAUACACACACACAUACAAAAUUUCGCUGAUGAUUUUGAAGGAUAGAAAACAAAUAUACAACAACAGCUACACGAAGAUGAUGAAAAUAAAAACAAAACAAAACAAAACACAAAAACAAUAAGAUAAUAUGCAGCCAGCCAAGUACAGUAAAAUAGUUCAAACGUCUACGAAUUAUAUUCAAAAUAUUCCUGAUUGAAUGAAACAAACGCAGAGAGAAAAAUACAAUUUACAAUAAGCUAUGUAAGAUGUAAUAGAAACACUGAUGUUUAGAAACAAGGCUACUCUAUAUAUGAUACAUUGAACGUACGGUCUACUUGUUAUGUGGAGAGACCGCUAAUUAAGUGCGAUACAGAAACGGAAGAACAUUUAAAGAAACAUAACUUUAUAUACAUAUACACAACCAUACAAACACAUACACAUACACACUUCAAGAAGACAAAUGAAUAGAAAUAUUAACAAAUCUAUUUAAACAAAAGAAAAAAAAAACAAAGAAAUUAUUUUGAAAUGAAAACUAAGGAAAUGUUGACCGAAUGAAAAGCAUUCUUUUAUUUAUCGGUAAUGCACAUGUUAAAUGAAAUAUACAUCAAGAAAGAGUUUUAAGGUCACUCCCUUCAAGACAUACAAAAUUUAAAUAACAAAUUUGGUUUGACGCAGACAUAAAUCACGUGUUCAAGUAGACACAAAGUGAGCGACAGACUUACAUGCAGUGAAACAAAAGAAAAAGGGGGGAAAAAAAUGAUGGAAAACCAAGGAAUGAAAACAAAGUUUUGAAGAUCAAUAUUUUUUAAAUGAUAUAUACAUAAUAUAAAUAUUAUAAAAUGUAUUUAGAAUAACCUAGUUCUUUUUUCAAUUAAUAUUACAAAAAUGGAAAGAAAAAACAAACAAACAGACAAACAACAGAUAAAUUGAUACGAUCCAAGCUAUCUCCAUGAUAAUUAUCGUUGUUUAUUGAUUUCUUUAUGUGUUUUUCGUUACAGCGAUUGAAAUUUACGUGCGAGUAUCGAUAAAAUAAUUUUGCAACUUAUAAUUAUUUUUUUUUUAGUUUUAUGGCUUUGACGAAUUUGAUUCUUCCAUUCAAUUUUUGGCUUCAUGACACACAAACAUUACACAUUCAACCAAUUAACUUUUUUCACGCGACGUCAAAAAUUCAAUGGACAUAUAGUAAUGUGGCAUAGUACUUUUUGUCACAAUCCCACAUAGCAUUUUAGAAUGAAAACUAAACAAUUCGAUUAUAAGGAUAAUUUUCUUUUCAUUUGGCAUCACCAUAAAUCAGCUGAUAUCAUUAUUAAACAAAAAAAAAUCAAAAAGUUAUACCAACAUACAUUCAUCUCAUUUAAAUAUAAAGGAAAGUACAUGACGCUGUUUUAGAUAUUUUCUAUAGAGAUUUGAGACUAUGAUGUCGCGUGAUUCGUUCUAGAAUUCAAUUUCAAAAAACAAAAAAAAAAACAAAUUUUGUUGACGUAAAACCACUCUAUGUAUUUCGGAUGGAUAUCCAUCCGAGAUAUUUUAGAAUAUCUGGAUAUUCAACGGAACUGCACAGCGCCAGAGCUGUGUGCGUCGCAAAUAGAAUCUACAGUAUGUCGCUACGCAUAUGUGUAUCAAGUUCCACACACACACACAGUCACACUGUGUCGGUAUUUUUCGUGUAGCGAAAUACCGUAGAUUAUAUGUGCAGUUGCGUUAAAUAUCCAGAUAUUCUAAAAUAUCUCGGAUGGAUAUCCAUCCGAAAUACAUAGACUGCGUAAAACAAUGAAGUCCUGUCGUAAUUUAGUUGGCAUUUAAAGCAAUUUUGAAAAUUUUGGAUCACAAAUCUUUUGUUUUUAUCCCACUUUUUUUUCUUUUCUUUUUUUUUGGCAUACAUAAUUCAAUAAUUUUUUUCAGUAUACGUUUGUAUUCCUAUCAUUUUUUGCGUUUCUUUUUCGUUUCUCGUUUUAUUUAAUUGUAUAAACCAGAGACGAACACCAAAUCACAUUAUUUCGCUAAAACAAAUCCAAAAUAUAAAAGAAAAACAAAACAUUGCAUUUCAACUGUCAUUGGUGUACGUUUUCGCCAUUUUUAGAAUGGAUAAUGCGAAAAAAAGUAAUUACAUUUAAUAUUGAUUUAUUUUAACAAAUAAAAAAAUUGAUUUAUUCGAUUUAUUGUUCAUUAUUUAUUUCCUUUCUCACAUCACCUACCUCUACUUUUGUUUUCUCGAUGUUUUUGUUAUCUUAUGAUUUGAGAUUAUCACAUAAAAACGAAAACUAGCACAAUGAACAUUUUCCAAAUGGAAUGAUUCAAUGCGUUGGAAUCUUUUUAGUUUUCAUUUUCGGAAAUUUUACAGAAUGUUAAAUAUGGUACUUUUUUCAGUGUUUUACAUUGAAUUAUUCCAGAAUUUCACAGAUACAGUUUUAUCCGCUGCUAAAAACUUUUGUUUAUGUUCUAAUGUUAAGAUAAUUACAAAUCGUAAUGAUAGCUCCCCAGCUCUAAGAAACGUUAAAAUCGUAGAUCGUGUCGAAGCCAUGAGCAAUUUUAUUUUUAUUUGUUAAAAAAAUAGCAUCCUGAAUAAAUUAUAUAUUUAAAAAGUGUUUAUAAACAUACAAA